UUUGUUUGUAUGUACAAGCACCAAUACGUUGUUGUUGUACCCAUGUUGUACUUGACCGUCAACCGUAGAUUUGUUAUGGUUCGUCCACAUAUCUCCAGUACUGUAUGUGUACGUCUAUUGCUGAUCUGAGGUAAAUAAGUCUUGGCCACAAAAUCAUGGAACAACAUCAUUCUGAGGCCUGUAUUUGGUGCUCUGCACCAGAGAAUGCACGGAUGAAUUUCAUAGCUUACAUUUCUACACCAGCCCCUGAUUGGGAAAAUACGGCAAAUGAGAACUUAUCACAUUGUAUGGAAUGUGUAAAGAUAUAUCAUCGUGGAAGGGCUGCUGUUGUGGCAGAAAAACCUGACAUGGAGCAGGUUUAUUUUUUGGAAGUGCCCAGGCUGCGACUUUCUUUGGAUAAAUGUGUGGCAGAAAUAGCUAAGGAACACGAUGAUAUUUUAGAUUUUGUUAACGAAGAAGAUGCGUUGUACAGCUACUGGAGAAACUUUGGACAAGAUGCCUGCUCGCUACCAGUACCAGUGCAGGAAAUACUUUGGUUUCCAUUUUUUCUUCAGGAUGAAGAAGUCAAUGAAGUGUUUUGCUGUGUUAUGAAGUACCUUUAUAGAGCUAAGCAACUUUAUGUGAAUGCAGUUGAUAAACCGCUUUGUGGACUCUUCAUGUUGUUAAUUCAUCCAAAUAAUUUGAUAUCGAAUUGGGCUAGAAAAUCAGUAGCAUGCCUUAGCAAUUAUGUGAUUGAGAGGUGUGAGGAAUUUACGCGAGUUAUCAGCUUAAUGUUGUCCGUCAAGUACUUAGACUUAUUUGAAAAUCGCGAACUUAGCAGUAUCUGUGAGGAGAUUCCAGGUUCUCGUCCCAUUUUAUCGUCACAUUUGUUUCCGUAUCAGGAGUUGGAUUACUGGCAAGGCUUAAGUUGCUUUUUGCAUUGGAUUAGUGAGGAGAAUUUGAACCACCUUAGGAGUGAAUUACACUCAAAAAUCAUCUGUGUUUACUCAACAACACUUACAGAGAAUAAUUUUAAAACUGUUGAUGAGUGCAACUCAUUUUGGGACAAACUUGUGGGCUUCCAGCAACUCAUCACCAAAUUGGGAUUUCGUAUUUGGCAGUAUCUAAAGGAGGCACCAGAUGGGGUUUUCAACAGUAUCUUUAACCAUCCAUGCGUUAGAAGUGCAGUCAGUAAAAUGAAAGAUACAAAUUUGGAGCGCCAACUGGGGAACAGAUUGCCUGAGACAUCUCCGUAUGCCUGGAUAAGACCAUUUGUCUUUUCGUUGUUGAAAUAUGACUCCAUAGCUAAGUAUUGUGUUACCAUGGUGCUAGACAUACUGACAAAUGAAAUGAAUAUAGAAUUGACCAAUCAGACAAAGAUUAACUCUAAUCAACCAAUAGCAAAUCGAGAACCUAGUCUCUACAUGCAGCAUUCAAUUUCAAUUUUGGUUGAGAUUCUGGAAAAUCUAAUUACAUGUAACUUUUUAUGUGUGUCAGUAACUUGCUUUGAAAAAUGUUUUAAAAUUAUGAUGCUCUUUUUGAUGAAGUUUCAGCAAAAUCAGGGAUCUUCUCAACAAUCUGAAAGAUGCCACACAUCUCUAGUAAGAUUUAUCAGAAAACUUCUGAAUAUUUGUGUCAAAAAGGAGAUAUCAUUGACUGAAUCUCAUCUCUUAAUUCAAAAUAUUGAUUCAGAUACAGAUUUUAGAGAUGUUGACUACAAUCUUUUAAACAUGUGCAUACAAAAUCUUGUGCAACAUCUACACUCAAUUAGAAUUGAAGAAACUGUAGGCUGCUACAAUGAUGAGGGUGCAAGUACGUCAACAACAUCAGAAGAAUAUAAUAAAGAUAAAUGUACUGUACAAGACACUUCACUAGGUACUGACCAAGGGGAAAGUACGUCUACAGCUUCAAUAGAACAGGAUAAGGGUUGUACCUUUAAGCCAUUUGCUUCUAUCAAGGAAGAAAUCCAUGACAGUGACUCUGUUGAGCCAAGUCAAGAUUUUAUGCAGGAGGAUUCAUCAUUAAUAGGCAAUUUUGUUAAGGUUGAAAACAUGAUCAGUUUUGAUUCAGAUGAUAAUCUACCAGUGGUUCCUAGAUUUAUUAAGAAAGACAUUAUUCCAUGUGAUUAUGUGUCUUAUGACGAACUGUUGCUACGUCAUGGCCUUACCAGAAAGGUGUCAGUCCAAGUGAAAAAAUUAACAUCAGAUGAUACUGAGCAGAUAAGACAAGACCUAUAUAAUAUACAAGGUACUGCAUCAAAUGCUGCACCAGGUCUUGUACAAGAAACUGCACCAGAUUCUGUACAAUUUUCUUCACAAGAUACUUUACCAUAUAUUGUAGAAGAAAUUGAACCAGGUUCGGUACAAUGUUCUUCACAAUAUACUCUACAAAAUGCUGUACCAAAUAAUUUACCAGGUGCACCAGCUAUUUCAUGUGGUUCUUCAACAGAUACUGUAGAAGAAGAACCACAUACUGCACUGGAUAAAAUACGAGAUGCAGGACCAGAUACUGUGAAAGACACUGCACUGAGUUCUGUACAGUCAUCUUCACAAGAUACUAUAGAAGACAAUACACCAGAUCCUGCAAAAUGGUCUCCACAAGAUACUCCACACAUUGCAGAAUCACCUAAUAUUGUACAAGACAUUGUGCCAUGUACUGUAGGAGAUAUAGUACCACUUUCUGUAUCAGAUAAUGUAUUACAUAAAGUGGAUAGUACAGUGGAUAAUUAUUCAGAUACUUCAUCAGUUGAUGUACCAGAUAUCACCAAAGACACUGCCCAAGAUGUGUUAUUGCCUCAGUGUAGUCCAUAUAAGUAUACACACUACAGACUCCAAGAAAUUAAACAAACUAACUCAGAGAAACUGAUUCAAGCACAAAAAAGAAUUAAAUUACAAAAAGAAAAGUUAGCUAAAAUAUGUAGACAAGAUACUUUCCCUGUCUCAUCUGAUUCAGAGGGUCCAGAAGCCAUGUUAUGUGCUGAUAUUGCGCCAGAUGCUUUGCAAGAUAGAGUACCAUGUACUUUACAAGAUACUUCAUUAAAUAUUGUAGUGGAUGUUGCUUCAGGUACUUCAUCAGAUAAUGUAUCAGGAACUGCCCAAGACAGUGCCUCAGAUGUUCCAUUUCAUCCUGAAAUACACUAUAACUUUUCAUUAGAGAGACUCCGGGGUUUAAUAAAGAUAAGUAGAGAGAAAACAAUUAAUCAAAAUCAGAGAAUUAAAGUACUACAUGAACCGAAAGCUAAGAAAAGAACACAAGACGGAAGAUUGAUAAAUGAUCAAACAGCAGAUAAUUUACCAUAUAAUGUGAAGCGGGCGCUACCUUAUACUGCUCCAUUUAGUGCAGAAAAAAAUGCACCAGAUCUUUUACAAACCACUACACUAGAUAAUUUUCCGGGUACUUCAUCAACUCCUGAUGUACCAAGAACUGUCAAAGAAAGUACCCCACAUAUUGCAUCUCAUAAGCCUCCCAUUAAAUAUUCACUAGACAAACUCAGGGAUUCAUUAGAAGGUGCAAAAAAAAAAAAGAAUCUUCAACAGUAUAUUAUAGAACGGCAAGCCAAGAGAGCUAAUAAAAGGCCAAACAAAAUGUUGACAAAAGGUCAGACAGCAGUUACACCAGAUACUGCAAAAGACACCCCAUCAACAUCAUUUGGAGUGACUGAUGUACAGUCUCCAGAAACCAGAAUAGCAUCUCAACAUGAGAGAUUUUCUUCCAGUGCUGUCAAACAGGUGCCAUCAGAGGUGUUAACCUCUUGUACACUGACAACAACUGUCACUCGGGCAGCAAAGUUGUCGUCGCCUACUGCUGUCCAGUGUAGUCCGGAAGGAGUAAACCAGAUUCCUAGUUGUGUCAACAUUGAUCUACUAGUUGCCAUUGUCUUGUCCUGGAAAACUGAAUGGCUUGAGAAGCAAGUAUAUCCUGAACAAGUUGGUGAUAAACAGAAAAUGAGCAUGAUGAAAGUUCCUUUAUCUUUUGACUCCAUCAAUUCAUACAUCAACAUCUUUGUUCCGUUGCUUCUUCGUGAGACGUGGCACUACGUUCUUCAGGAAUAUUGGAAGAUUAAAAGGAUCAAGAGUGACUUUGUGGAUAUGAUGUAUCAACGCCAUUAUAAAAUCAGUGGAGUCAAGGCUGGAUGUUUCUUGAUAUGCAAACAAAGAGCGACCAGUAGGAAACAGUCCACUUAA